UCCUACUGCCCAUCUCACGAAAAUUAACUCUAAUAAUAAACAGUCUCUCGAUCGUAGCCAUUUCGAACUUUUGUUCAGUUUGUCUUCAAGAAUGGCAAAUUUCAGGUGCUUGGCAAUUCUUGUUUUAUUUGUUUCAACCUUGGCUGUUAGUGAAAGCAGGGUUGCAAGAAAGGACCUGGGGCUGGAUCUUGGAGGAGUAGGGGUUGGGUUGGGAGUCGGACUAGGCCUUGGAUUGGGUGGUAGUGGAUCAGGCUCUGGUGCAGGAGCAGGCUCCGGCUCUGGUUCUGGAUCCAGUUCAAGCUCAAGCUCCAGCUCCAGUUCAUCCUCUUCAUCACGGUCUAAUUCUGGGUCGGGUGGCUCGGGUGCUGGUUCGGAAGCAGGUUCUUCUGCUGGAUCUUAUGCUGGCUCCAGGGCUGGGUCAGGUUCAGGAAACGGGCAUGGAAAAUGAGUGCAGCAGGUGUAUGAUUUUCUUGUGAACAAAAAUAAGUGCAAGCACCAAAAGCAUAUUAAGUUAAUCAACUAUAUAUAAAUAUAUAAAUGGUGAUGAAUAUCAUGUCUUAUGCAUAUGCAUCAAUGUAAUUUUGGUUUUAUGAAAACCAUAAUAAUAGUCUAUUUUUCUUUUAUGAAAAGCAAUAAACAUAUUAUGGGUUUGUUGA